AUGCCACAGCACUACAAUAGACCUAGGUCUAGUCGAUUCAUAACACCAGAACUCCCCUGUGUAAAGGAAGCGCUGGGGCAGCUCAACCAGCGCUCCCUCUCAGGCUCUUCGUUCCCCGGUACACCAACGAAACGCCGAACUGUCUGGACGCCACGUCUAACUCCAAAGCGGUUUAAGACUACCCCUACAUCUUCCUGUAGCAUUGUAAAUGCACUCCAAUCAUGUAAGCCAAAUGUUGCCAUACAACAUCUCUCCCCGAGCGGUACCCCAGUACCCCCAGGAUACCCUGCCCCCAGUUGCAGCCCUACUUCAGCAGCCGUCGCUAUUAUUACACAGUACUAUCCAGACAAAGAGGUUGACCACAAAGUAGCCUCGGAGAUCUCGGAACGAAACAGUGUUGUUGGCCCAAUAAUGCACCUCACUAAGUCCCCCGGUGGUGCACUAGGCCCCUACCUGUACAUGUCCAAACACGAGAUAGACACUGAUCCUCUGGUUCCAUACCUUUACAAAAAGCUACUUACCAUGAACAUACCACAAGAGUGGGAAGCCCUUGUGCGAGAGUUCCUUGUGUUGUUACGCAAUGCUGGUUGA